CUUGCUGUGGGGGAGCUUCCGUUGGGAACCGGAAGUGGUCUCGAGGUGCUUGCGGGGCGAGCAGUUUCCGUGCAUUCCAGCUCCUGCUCGCAGCGAGCCCGGCCGGUGCGGCGGCGGCUUCUGCCUUCUUGGCUUGUCCCCCUCCCCCCUUCCGCCUUUUCCCGGCGCUCUCCUUGUCUCCGUCUGCCUCGGCUUGCCCCCCCCCCCUUUUAACCUUCUCCAUCCCUCUUUGUGCUCCGAGGCCGCCUCUCAGCUGGACGUCACAGUUUAUCUUAGGAGCUUCUGGGAAGUUAUUUUUUGAAGUAAUGCCCACAGAAAGUGGAAGCUGUGCCACUGCACGCCAAGCAAAGCAGAAACGAAAAUCUCACAGUCUUUCGAUACGAAGAACCAACAGUUCUGAGCAAGAGCGGUCAGGAUUGCAGAGAGAGAUGCUGGAAGGCCAGGAUUCCAAACUGCCAACAUCUGUCAGAAAUACACUUCUGGACCUCUUUGGCCAAAUAGAAAGAGAAUUUGAGAACCUCUACAUUGAAAAUCUUGAAUUACGUAGAGAGAUUGAUACACUUAAUGAGCGCUUAGCAGCCGAAGGCCAAGCCAUCGAUGGAGCAGAACUCAGCAAGGGACAGCUGAAAACGAAAGCCAGUCAUAGUACCAGUCAGCUCUCUCAGAAAUUAAAGACUACUUACAAGGCAUCCACCAGCAAGCGCUCAAAUUCUUUCCCAGGCAAAUCAGGUGGACCUCGCAACUUCAACGUGGGAAGCUGGGAAAUAUGGGGUGGAGACUCUUGGAUUGUAUCCAGUUUCAAAACCACAACCUCAAGAGCCAUCUGCCAGUUGGUGAAAGAGUACAUUGGCCAUCGGGAUGGGAUUUGGGAUGUCAGUGUCACAAAAACUCAGCCGGUGGUGCUGGGGACGGCAUCUGCUGAUCACACCGCUCUGCUGUGGAGCAUAGAAACAGGGAAGUGCCUUGUCAAGUACGUUGGGCAUGCUGGGUCAGUUAAUUCCAUCAAGUUCCACCCAACGGAACAAGUGGGUCUUACAGCAUCUGGAGACCAGACCGCUCAUAUCUGGAGGUACAUGGUCCAGUUGCCCACCCCCCAGCCCACUGCAGACUGCAAUCAAAUGUCUGGAGAAGAUGAAGUUGAGUUCUCCGAUAAAGAUGAAGCCGACGUGGAUGGAGAUGGCUCCAGCGAUUGCCCUACCAUCCGGGCUCCUUUAACCACCUUGAAAAGUCAUCAAGGCGUAGUCAUAGCAGCGGAUUGGCUGGUUGGAGGGAAGCAGGCCGUGACAGCGUCGUGGGAUAGGGCAGCAAACCUCUAUGACGUGGAGACGUCGGAACUUGUGCACUCUCUGACAGGACAUGACCAAGAACUUACACAUUGUUGCACCCAUCCCACCCAGCGUCUUGUGGUGACCUCAUCGCGCGACACAACGUUCCGUCUGUGGGAUUUCAGAGACCCUUCUAUCCAUUCUGUGAAUGUCUUUCAGGGCCAUACAGACACUGUGACUUCGGCGGUCUUCACUGUGGGGGAUAACGUUGUUUCGGGGAGCGAUGACCGUACUGUGAAAGUUUGGGACUUGAAAAACAUGAGAUCACCCAUUGCAACUAUCCGUACAGAUUCUGCAGUGAACAGGAUUAACGUUUGUGUCGGCCAAAGAAUCAUUGCCCUUCCACAUGAUAACCGACAGGUUAGAUUGUUUGACAUGUCUGGAGUACGAUUAGCACGGCUCCCUCGCAGCAACAGACAGGGUCACAGAAGAAUGGUUUGUUGUUCAGCGUGGAGCGAAGACCACCCAAUAUGCAACCUGUUCACCUGCGGAUUCGAUCGUCAAGCUAUAGGGUGGAAUAUCAACAUCCCUGCUCUGCUGCAGGAAAAAUGAGAUGCUGGAAGGAUUCUCCUCUUUUUCAUUUUUUUUUUGUUGCCAUAGACUUUUUACCUUUUUUGCAGACGCUUAGUCUGCUCUCGUCGUAAAAGAUGCGCCUCGAAAGGGGGUGUGUUGCAGAUGUCAUUACCACGUUGUGCGCAGUUUGCAUGAAGUGUACAGAAAAAAAAAUGUGACCUUUUCGAAGAAGUUAGGUUCUCGUGUAGGAACUUUUAUAUCUUGGCAUCCCCUGGUGAUAAAAGGAUGGUUGGCUUUCCUACAGGGCAUAUAAGUGUUCAUAAGUUAUUCAGCAUAGAUGAACUGUAGGGCAUUAUGUCUGACUUAAAUGUGAAUUCUGUGUCGUUAUUGUGAAAAAUAUAUAGUCUGCCUUCUCCCUUCCUCCCCAUCAUUUUACAUAUCUGCCCUUCCGGUUGAAGAGGACACAGGGCCAAACUCUUUAAGAUGAAGGGUGAGUUUCACUUAGAAGCAUGAUGGGAAGUGUUCUUGCGUCUGUAUGAAGUCUGACUCAAGCACUCCGAUGUAAUGACAGUUCCAGCUCCAAUUUAAUCCAGUUGCUGGGAACACAAGGAUAUAAUAAGUAACACUGAGAAUGUCCUUAACUUUUCAAGAACUAACCGACUCGUUCUCAGCCUGUCGGCCUGAGCACUGCAUUGUGUUUUGGAAUUCCACACUCCUGGCAAACUCUGAAAUAUCACAGUUGCAAUCAUGGUAAUUUGAAUAAGCUUUUAAGCACUUUAGUUUAUAGCAGUUGUUAUAAACCAUUUCUGUAAGCGUCAAGAUGACUUUCCUAGAGAAUGUGAGACUAUCAAAGAAGGAUUUACGUAGCCAUGUUUCUAUGAUCCCUCCCUCUCCCCUCCCCCCCCCCCCGGUGCCAGAGAAUAAACAUUGUUUUGGGUUGUUUCUUUUUAAAUGCCAUCCUGUAUUUCACAUGCUUUAAACGGGGCCCUCUUCUGCCUUGGUUCUAGUUUGAGCCGCUGACGCCACACCGAUUGAAAUCCAAAGACCUGUGCAGUUAGAGCCGUGAUCUAGAUCUGUGUUCCUGCGACAGUCCUUUCUCCUCCCUUCACAUAGCAAAUGAAGCAUGUUUCGUUAGCCUGGGAAGAGGAAGAGUGUCCACUUUUCAAAGGAACAAAACAAAGGAUAUCCCACCAGGUAUAGCCAAGAGUUCAGGGGUGCUGGACAUAGUUCUCCAGACCUCCUUCUCACCCACUUGUAACUGAGUGCUACCUCAAAAACGAAUGUGGGGCUACCAUGAAUCUUGCUGUUCUACUUCUCCACUUCGAACCUCCUAGUGAUGUGCUGUCUCAAAGAGGAGAAGACAAUCAUAGCCAAUGUCCAGCUUACAGUGAAACGUGAUUAUCACCUCGCCUGUACCCAGAGGCCCCUGUCCCUGCUGCUUUCCCUUCUCUUUUCCUCAGAGGGACCUGAAUGGGUUUUGCUCCUUCUAUGUUGAGUCUUGCUUGGUUCAUAGUUGCAAGUUCCUUUUCGCUGCCUUUUUUUUUAAAGAGGGUAUCUUUGCGGGUUUUUCACCAUAAAUGGUUCUCAGAAUCUCAGGGUUGAGAGCCCCAAAGGCAAGAAUAGGCCUAGGCCUGUAGCUUCCUUGUAGAUUGAGUUUGAAAUGGAUUUCUGCAAAAACAUCUGGCGCUUGCAAUUUUGCGAUUUGUUUUGUUUUGAAUUGUUGAGGCUUGCGUCUUCCUCAGCUCUGUUUAAGACGAAUGCGAACGUACAUAAGACAGAACAGGGUUGAGAUUGAAGGAACCCCUUACAAGCGAGCAAAAGCCCUAGAGGCAAUUUGAUGCAUUACAAGUGGACAUAUAAAAGCUAAGGUAAUAAAUGGAGAAUCUGGAAGAGAAUGUAUGCCAUUGACAUCUUUUGGGGGCAAAAGCUUGUGUGAUCUCAGAGCAUAAGUAGAUACUUAGAAUUGGGUGAACAAGUGGCUGAGAUGUGUGGUGAUCAUCAUAUGUGUUGAAAAGGAUUAUGGGAGUUUGACUCCAAGCCCAUGAGAUAUGCCUGCUUCCCUCUCCAUGGUCUGUUUUGGAGAACCCUUGCAUUAAAAAAAUAAUAGCGUUUGGAUCUAUCUAGUCUCUUCCCCCUGCCCUGAUAGCUCAUGGCAAGAUUUGAAUCAGUAGUAGAUGACUUUAUUGUGUGUUCAGUCAACAGGAUUUUGCAAAACUUGCCAUGGUUGGGAGAGAAAAAAACCUCAGAAUUAUCCCUUGAGAAAUCUUUAAAAGUUCUGUAGUGCAUGUGUAGAUUUGGCACUAUUUUUUAAAAAAAACCUUCCCCCCCCCACAGUGAUUUCCUUGGCUUAUAGAGCGGAAAGGCAUAGUCCAGCUGAACUCCACAUUUUGAGAGCAAUAAACAAGGCAGCUGUAUGGACUUUUCCAACUUAGACUGGGGAAAAGCGUGGCUGCCUGUUGGUCAUUGACUGAGUCUGGGAAUAUUGGACUCUGAUUGCAUGAAUAGGUCACAGAAUUGAGGUCAGUAAAGUUUUUUUAGAAAUCAGUAUGAAGCAAUACAGGAAGGUUGGACUUUGGUGGUACAUUUGUUAGAGCUCUCUAUAUCAAUGAAGGACCGCCCCCUGAUAGCAGAGAUGUUCAUUGCAGCCUCGACCCCUUGGCUUCUUCAAGAGGAGCAAAGCAAGUUGCGUGACUUGGUUCCUGCAACGUCUUCAGUGCUGUGUUGAGUGCUGUAUCGACCUAACAGGUUCCGACCCAAUGGUAGUCGAAUGGUAGAAGUGAAAAAAAAAUUAGACCGGUUACACAUUUCACUUUUGGGGGUCUCCGCCUUAAAGCGGACAGGUACUCCAGCUGCUGUGAGUAUUGGUCUAAUUGUGUCCCACACAUUUCACAUUAAAAAAAAAGGAAGGAAAAUAGCUGUUACAUAUUUUCAGUAUUGAGACUUAGUUUUGCUGUUAUCACUGGGCAAAUUGCAGAAGACCUGUUGUGUCUCUGUUUCUUUGUAUGUAAGUGUUCUUUAACAUGCACAUCAUUUUUUUUUUGCCUGUCUGUAACUGUUUUAGAAACAAAAAUCUUAUUUUCGAUGCCGAAAUCUUUGAAAAUCAGCUUCCUCAGAAGAGGAAAAAUCCUGCGCUUGUAUGUCAAUGUAGAACCAUUUUUUAAUUUACUGACGUUCUGGUGAUUUGUGAUUUUUUUUAGAUGUUCAGUGUUUGUCUUCGUUGCAAUUUUUAAAUGCCAUUAAAUCAUUCAGCAACA